ACAGCUCACCUGUCGGCUUGUGACGUCAUAAUGCCACAUAAAUGUGUCACGACCGACGCACGAGCACCACGAUGUUGGUUCUAGACGGUGUUUAGUCUGAAAUAGAUGUAGAUUAUGAUGUCUCUAUAUAUUUUGCACGUGAAGCUGUACAGUGUUAAACUACACGAUACUAACUAACCCCGCCCCCGGGUUUACACGUGAACAUAAAGGGUGAAUCCGGCUUUAUUUGACAUGUGAUACAAUGUUGUUGUUCUGCCCUUCGCAGACACCGAGACUGAGGACUGAUGGCGCCAUAUGAUCAGACAGUCUGACCUGAUGGGGACCUUAUUUUACCUUCUCUGUCUAAGGCCAUUGUACAAGCAAAAAAAAAAAAAAAAGAUACAUGGAUGCACGUGCGUUAGAUGAGUGAUGCAUACUGCAUAAAAGGUGCACGAGAUAGUGGGCAACUUUAUUAUUAUUAAUAUUAUUAUUAUUGUUAUUAUUGUUUACAUUUUCUUUCUGUCAUCAUAUCUGUAAAAGGAAUAAUACGGAUGAGCAUCAGAUUUUAUUCCCAUCUGUGCAUUAUGUAAAAACGGGUGACAAACAGGACGAAGGUUAAAAGGCCAUUAAAAAAGUUGUGGCAUUAAUUUUAAUGAGUCGAAAGUGUUUGUGUGUGCGCGAGACAGGUGCGAAUUAAAGUCACCUUCAGCGUUACAGUGUUGCAAGGUCGCGUGUAUAAAUACAGAGCGCGCACGCGCGGCUCGUGACGUUCCACUUGUUCGGUGUUACAGCCAUGCAGAAGGACCCCGGAGCCCGAUACAACAACAACAACAACAACAGCCCCACUAGGGACUUCUUCAUGUGGCAUGAUUAUCUGGGGCUCAGAGCCAUGGUGACGCGUCUGGCACGCGCGGGAGACGUCCAGCGGCUCCAGUCUUCAUCACGUAACUCGUGGACCGGGUCCGAGGAGCCGCCCUGGUUCCCUGAUGUCACCCCGGGAUCUUCCAGUGGACGCCGGUCUCCAGAAAGCCAGGGAUCUGUGCAAAACUCAGAGAAAAGCGUGUGUGGGUUCUGCAAGCAGAACGGAGAAAGCGCAGAAAUCUACACGAGCCACCGGCUGAAAGCGCGCACCGGGCGCGUGCUCUGUCCCGUGCUGAGGAACUACGUGUGUCCGAUCUGCGGAGCCACCGGGGACACCGCGCACACACGUCACUACUGCCCCGCGCGCGCGCUCCACUCUGACUUCACCGCCCCCGUCGGCUCGGGCUACCUGAAGUGUAGAACGUUCAUUAACGAGGUUUCUGUUCAAACCGGUUCGGAGUUCAACGUGUAAACGUGACUUAGUUUAUUUUAACGCGACAAACAUUUCACUUUUAAUCUGUUCGGUAUUUUAUAAAUCGUUUGUAUAGGACAAUUUGUAUAAUAGUUUUUUUUUUUUAAUGAUUAUCAUUAUUGUGCUUAUAAAUCUUUAAAAGAGGAAAAUCUUGAAAUUUGUGUUUUGUUUAUUUAUAAAUAAAUAUUUAAAAGGUUUGUACUGUAAUUACUUUGUACACAAAACCUUAUUUUUAUUAUGCUGCUUUUUUCUAUUUUAUUUAUUUAUGUAUUUAUUUUCUAACAUGGCGUUUUUGUAUAUUUUGUAUAACAUGGUAUUUUUGUACAUUUUUUACAAUAAAUGCUUCAGAUGAAGAAAAACUGUGCUGUUAUUUAACUAAAGUGUAACCUGUUUAUAAUUAUAACCU